AUGUCGAAUUCAUCGGAAAAGAAGAGUUCCUUAGGUGAGAGGCAAAGUUUCGACCAUGGUGAAGUCAUUAACCAUGUCACUUCAAAUAGAAUCUUCCAACAGCCUACACAUGUGCCACAUUUAGACAACAUUGCCAUGGCCAACGAGAGAGAGGCUUCUCGGUUGUUGAAAGAAGCACAAGCUAACUUAGAGUUCCUGGCUGACACAGGAUAUGCACCAGAAUUGAGAAGAAAUUUUAGUAUGCUUGCAUUGAUUGGUGUUGGAUUCGGAAUCACCAAUUCAUGGGCAGGUAUCAGUGGUUCUUUAAUCACAGGUAUUGCUUCUGGAGGACCUAUGAUGAUUGUGUACGGAAUUGUAAUCGUCUGUGCUUUUUCCCUGUGCAUUGUUGUUACUUUGAGUGAAUUGGCAUCAGCUUAUCCUAAUGCUUCUGGUCAGAUAUAUUGGACAAUGAAGUUGGCACCAAGGAGGUACUCAAGAUUAUUGGCUUACAUAACCGGAGUAUUAUCUUGGGUGGGGUCAGUGUUUACCUCAGCAAGUAUUACAAUCACAGUUUCCGUUGCAAUUCUUGGAAUGUACGCCUUGUUCCGUCCUGAAUUUGUCGUCCACAAGUGGCAAGUGUUUAUUGUCUAUGAAAUCUUUAAUGUGUUCAUGCUGUUUUUUAGUGUUUAUGAUCGCCCUUUACCGGCAAUAUUCCUGGGCACACUUGUUAUUUCGCUUGCCUCAUUCAUCAUUGUGAUUAUUACCGUCUUGGCCAUGCACAAAGGAGAUUUUCAAAGCGCAAAGUUUGUGUUUGUUGAAUUUAACAACCAGACAGGAUGGAGCUCAGCAGGUAUUGCAUUCAUAGUCGGAUUGAUCAAUCCAAAUUGGAGUUUCAACGGGCUUGAUGCAGCUACACAUAUUGCAGAAGAAUCACUCAACCCAGCUAUCGAUAUACCCAAAGCACUUAUCAGCACAAUUAUCAUUGGAUUUGUCACCACGUUUGCAUACUGUAUUGCCAUAUUCUUCUGUAUACGUAACUUGGAUGCAGUGUUGGCAUCGAACACUGGUAUUCCAAUCUUGGAUAUAUUACACCAAGCAACAGGCUCAAAAGGGGCAGCAAUAGGGUUGGGAAUUUUGCUCGUGAUUACCUCCUUUGGAUGUACCAUCGGAUGCCAUACAUGGUCAGCAAGAAUCUGCUGGGGUUUUGCAAGAGACAAUGGGUUACCAUUUUCCAAGUAUUGGUCACAAGUCAACACCAAUACUGGUACUACAGUAAAUGCACAUUAUUUGUCUUGUUUCUGGGUUGGUGUAAUUGGAUGCAUUUACUUAGGAUCCGAUACUGCCUUUAACUCGAUACUUGUCUGCUCGGUGAUUUGGAGCUUUUCUUUUUACGAAGAGAGCUACGAUGAAACCUACCAGUCCGAAGACAAUGAAGAAGACACUGAAGACAAUAGCAGAACUUCAAUUUUGCCCGAGGAAAAUGCUCCAAAUGUGCUAGAGAAUGGACACGAGUUUCCUAAAAGUGUAUAUAAUCCUUUUCUUUUGACAAAGAUGAACUACUUUAGAAGGAAGUCGUCAAAGGUCAAGCUAAGAGUGUUUGACAAAAAAGUGGUUGUUGCAAAAAGCAAGGUGGUGAAGAAUGUCCAUUCUGCUGAUGGAAAAGACCGAGAUGUGUUGUUCUGGCAGAGCACAGCACGCUGGAAUGGAAGAAAAGGGUGCCCCACUGAGCACUUGUUAUCGGUCUUUGCUACAAAGGUUGGUUGCAAGACUGACAAGAUAAUUUUGGUUAAAGAACAUGGCAAUAGUUGGUACACGAUGGGCGUGUGA